GUAUUAUUAUGCACGACUCGCGACAGUAACUAACUAGUCUAUGAGCAUCGGUAGGGGGUCGCUGUCAAAUGGAGCCCGCUUGCCCCAAAACGUGGUCCUGCGCAGCCACUGGCGCCGUGCGCGCCCGCAUUAUGCUGCUUCAAGAAUAGCACUGCGAUGUGAAAUGAUCGCCCAUUCUUCUACAGCCCUGUCACGACCUCGCGACUGGUCACUGGUGAUCUUCCCGUCCUGAUCGCAUGCACUAAUAUCCAACACCACCGCCGCCUGCAUUACCACCAUUCUCGCGCCUGUUUGCUGGCCGGAGAGCACCGAUCGAGAACGAACGAGCGAGCGAGCGAACGAACGAAACGGCAUUGUCUUCCACCUCACGCCAUAUCUCCACGCGAGACGUGAUUCCUCGAGCCACGAGAUAUCACGAUGCUGCCGCACCGCCAAUCUGCUUGACCGCGCCGUCACACUGAAGAGGUCUCGCCUCGCAACCUGGUCCUGGCCUUCGUCCAUACCCUGCCUCUGCAUGCUCCCGAUCCAGCCUGCAGACAUAAUCUACAUACGACGCCCAUACCCUGCGCCACGCCUUGCUGCGGCCGAGUAGCACAAGUCGGAGCGCGGCUGCGCGGGAGGACAGUGGCAUAGAGGAUGUUUGGAGCCAGAGCCCGCGAACCGCAUCCGCGGUCUCCCUCGACUUCCACCAAUGCUGCUCCCACUUCACCUCUCCCGCCGAGACCGACGACCAGCGAAGCGCCCAUUUCGCCAUUGCAGAUGACCUUCGAUUUCGAGCUCCCAAACAGCUCGCACGCCUCCGAUCUGGCCUCGUCCUUCUCGCCCGUCAGCCCCGAGAGCGCGCCCAAGUCCCCGCCGCUCAGCGAUGGCCGCAAUGCUCGCCCGCCUUCAGCGCGAAAACCGCACGGCGGACUGCAGCUGAUGCCUCAUAUUCCAGCUACAGCCGUGAGAAGUAAUAGUAAUAGUGCGCGUCGUAUCAUGGCAGGAGAGGCGCGUGAAGCGGGCUGGAACGCUGGCGAUAGUCUGGGCAGGCCUGGAGGUACGGCGUCCAGUCCAGGCGCUGCAGGAGGGAGCGGAACGGGUGCAACAACGACGCUCACGAGGACCAAGAGCGUGCUGAGCGCUCGCUUGAGCUCCAACUUCGAGCCAACCAUUUCAAUGGACUAUGAGCAGGAGCCAAUGCCUCUGUCUCGCACCCCGCUCUCGGACACGCAGGAUGAAAGGCCGAAGACGGCACAUGGCAAUGGCUUCGGCCUGAAGAUGGAGGCCUCGCUGUUCCCUCAGCGCGCUGAGCUACCGUCUGCGCCUCAGACGCCACCUGCCACCAUGCCAUCAAUGAACCGCUCGUUCAUUGACAGCCGCGAUAAGCCCUACAGCCAACCCGCCCCGCCCUUUACACUGCAAAGCAAUCACAGCUCACCUAAUCUGAGCCCCACCGCGAAGACCAAGGUAUCGACGAUCAGAGGUCCCACGCCCAUCUAUAGCAAUAGGAUGAUCAGCCCUCAGGUCAGUACGCAGAACUUGAGCCAACAAUCGAAUUAUAGUGGCUCUACAGCUCGCCCGAGUACCCGUGCGUCCAGCAAAACUGUCAUAACUGGUGGCCCGUCAACGACGAUAGGAACUCCGUACGCGGCCACGGCAGACUCAUUUCCCUUGCCCCAGCACGUGAAGACGCGUCCCAAGACUGCCGGCCUCAUCUCCAGUGUCGCAGGGGUGACCGUACCCACCCAUCACACGUCAUCUAUCAAACCAACUUCCAAGUCCUCCAAGUCAGAGUCGAAGAAGUCAGAGUCGAGAAAGUCCGAGGUACCUAAAAAGAAAGGCCGUUUGCUGAAUCCAAUCUUCUUGCUGCAGCGCAGGCGAAGCUCGCAGGACCCCGACGCUGUAGAAGCGGAAAGAGCGACUCGCGAAGCUCAGGCCCAGGCCGUAGCGAGACAGAAGCAUGUCUUGGCUUCUGGUGUCAACAUUCCGCCCCCAGACUUUGACCCACGAAUUCGAGGCAAAGUGGUUCACGACUUCAGCGCACCACGAGAGAAACGGAAUACCUUUGACGAGGCGAACGGGCCCCAGUUAUCAAACAUGCAGUCGAGCCCGUACCCCGAGCAGCCUAUGUCUCCGAGCUUUCCUCCGCGCCAUGCAUCGCUGGUGAACAGAGGCACCAGAGACGCACAACGACGAAGUACUCAUACCCCGGUGUUUAGAGAAAAUCUGGACGAGAAUCCCGAAACGUCGAAGCGGAUCAGCUCAAUACAGGCUGAAAAUCUUGAAAACAAGGAGUUUUUGCAACGAGCCUCGAAGCAUUCCCAUGCUACGGCGCAGUCUCAAGAAAGUGCUGUGCUGCCUCCUUUCGCUCGACGGAGCCAGAUGCUAGACCCGAUGCAAGCUAGCCAUUUUCGAGACGACGAUUCGAAUCGCUCGAGCGAUCCAACAGGUCAGCUGGGCCGCACUUCGUCAUCGACAGACGUUGGCGAGAUCAGUCCGGUAACAGCCCAUAGCAGUGGGCACGACCCCAUCAGUCCCAUUUCCGACGACCCAACUAGUCCACUCGGAUCGAGGCCUGUCUCACAUCUGAACACGUCGCUUGCCCAGGGCUCGCACGCAAAUGACAACAGAAGCUCUGGCAUGGAACCCCAGCAUUCGCCCAGCACCGACAAGACAUCAGGGCCAUAUUCUAGUGGAUUUGCGGCUCCACAAUUUGAUACCAUCACCGAGGCCAGCGUUGACAAUUCUCCCAUCGAGCCAGCCCCUCGGCAAGCACCCGCGCAAGAACCCAAGUCCCUUGCACAUGGACUUUCGAUCAAAGAAACGGCAAGCGUAGUACCAGCUGAGAGUUCAGAUCCCACGUCGACUGGUAUUGCAACAGAAGACGGCGUUGCGGAUUCAACCGCCAAGUCGCCGCGCACAUCUCCGGACGAUACCGCGACCUCUCCACAAGGCACGCCUCUGAAGCUUGUCGAGAAACGAAAAUCUGCUGUCGGCCACUCUCGCAAGAGCUCGACGUUGCCUAGAAAGCACGCAAGUAAUGCAUCGAGGUUCUCGUUCCAAUUUGGCGAGAGCGCAGCUGAAGAGCAAGCGCUAGAGGAGAAGCACCGCAAAAUUGCUUCCCGGGAGAUCACCCAUACGGUGGUUCGGGGAAACAGUCCGGACGAAGAUGAUGAAGACUUUUUCGACGAAGACGCAAUGGACGAUAUGGACGAGCUAGAAAUGCAAGCUUCUUCAGACGACGUCCCAUACACGGCGCUACAACCUCCAUCGAAGCCCGGCGAUGGGAGUAUCUCGAAUGCAGGCACCUCGCAAAGCUCGUUGUACCUUCAGCAAGCUCGCCAGGUGUUACGACAGCCGGACAGUGACGAUGGAUCGAUAUAUGAUGAUGACGAGAUGCCCCAAGUCACUGACGAACGGGACAUUCCAUACGCAGACCAUCCUGCGUUUCGGGCGCACGAUGCAAUGGUAGAUUCUCGACAUACUUCGAUGGCAGUUGACGGGUAUUGGCGUGACAGCACGAUUGACUCGUACAUGCGAGACUCGUACUAUCCACAGGGUAAUGGAUCGCGAACGACGCUCAACACAUCAUCUGGUCAAUACGGAGGAUAUGCGCAAGACUACUUGAGCGCCAUUGAUCGAGACAGUCAGCGAUUUUCCCGACCGUACUCGACUCUCAACGUCCCAGGUCAAGCUCCAAAGCAGCAAUCGACCACCUUGUUGCCGAAGCCGACGUUACCUCAUCGGGACAGUGGGAACAGUGAGCGAAAUCGCGCUGUGAGCGGCUUCAGUUUUAGUACAAUUGGCGCGACACCACCAUCGGAGCGAGCAGAUCCAAUGAGCGACGAAACUCAGUACAGUAGAGGUGCCAGCUCCGCUGGUGAUGCUGCAGAACGGAUCGACACUGUACACCCCAGGUCAAAUCUCUACUUGCAAGAUCAGCCCAACUACUCUGCAUCGGAUCUUGCUGGUCGGCCCAAUGGAAGCUCACAUACCGCAACCUCCAGCAAUGCAUCCUCGGAUCUGCGUUCCCAGAGAAAAUCACAAAUCGACGGAACGCCGAACGCGACGCCACUCAGUUCGGCAGCCGAUGGGGCUUGGAGUACAAGUGCGGGAAAUUUUGACAACAACAGGAACACGACCUCGUCACACACAAAUCGCAACGAGUCGACUAGCACAGUCAGCUUUGCAUCGCCAUCCAGGAGCGCUCUCAGCAAGCAGUCACAGCGAAGUGACCGAAGCUCGGAAGACUUUGCGCGAGGUGGGCCCGACGACGGGACAAGUCCGACCACGCCUCGCGAUGGCCAUGUUGACCACAUCGGAUUCGCUUCGAUGGUUCCACCAACAAGCAAGGAAGGGCAUGACGCGCAAGCGAAUCGUAAGAGCAGCACUAUACUCCCAGUACCCACUGGACUUGGUUUAAGCACUUCCACGGACUUCGAUUUUGGCCAUCAAUUGUCCGGCAUGCCUCUGAACACCACAAUCGUCGACGCUAGCGAUUCCGAAGACGAGCUUGCAGCCGACCAUCAAGACUAUGGUCAAAUGGGAAGCUUCAAUGAGGCAGCAGCGUCGACCGCAGGUAAGCCAUCAGCCAACGUUGCAGAAGAGACGGGUCCGCAACAGCCACGCGCUACUGAAUCCGAGCGCAAUGUUGCUUCGCAGACGGGUUCCAAGCAAGUGGCACCAACGCUUCCAUCAGCGCACACCAGCCCGAAAAGUCCGACGGAGUCAGCACGGGAGAAGUUCCGCCAGAACCUACACGAUCGCAUCGAUAGUUCAGCCUCUAUAAAUGGUCGGCGGCUUCAUAGCGCAUCCACCACAUCAGCUGGGAAUAGCAUGCCCACAUUGCCAUCUGCCAGCAAAAACGGAACCAAUCACUUUCCAGUGAAGUCUUCGCCAAACGCAGAUGGACGCAAGCACGAAACAGCUUAUGAUGAUAAUCAAGACGAUAUGUACUUCGAUGAUGGCAAUAUUGGUGUGGACUUUGGCGAGCCGAUACCUACAGAGGGGGGAUUCAAUGAGGACGCAUUCGAUGACGACAGUUUCCUGUACCGGCCGAAUGCUGCUGUGAAUGCUCCACAAGGCUAUGCCCACAGGAAACAGCCCAGCAAUCUUUCAUACCAUAGCAAUGGCAGCGACGGUCCGUAUCCUGCUUUCGCAAUGUCCGAAACACAGAAGGCACUGGCACGGACCUCGCAGCUGAUGGCAGAAGAUUUGCCUAUUCCAGCGCCCGUUGACCCCAAGUAUAUACCACAGAGAAACCCUUCUGAGGAUGCAAGAGGGCUGGGCCUUAGCGAUCGCGCUCCUCCCGCGCCAAUAUCGGAGAGCGACCCAGAGGCUGUAAUGCACUUGCAAGACAGUCUGCAGAAAUAUCACGCAGCCCUGGCAGCCGCAGCAAAUCGCGCUGCUGCUGAAGGGAGGUUCGUUCGCCAACCAAGCAUUGCUUCGACGGUUGGGAGCUCUUUCGACCCACGCGAGACCGCGAUGCCUCGACUCGCCAUUGAUACCCACAAUGUACGUGACGACGUGAGCAUGUACUCCCAAAGCGAAGACUUUAGCGAUAGCCACCUGCCACACCCCAACGCCAACGGCAGUUCAAACGGCGUCGAAGCUCAGCGCGACUCGUUGUCCAACGGAAAAGCACAUCCUCCACGGAUCGGUAGCUUCGAUUUCGGAUUCACAGAUCCUGGCAUAAGCGACUUUGGCGACUUUGGCGACUACGACGAUGACGACGACCUGGUGGCAGCCGCCAAUGCCGAAGUACUGGCGUCCGACGAUGAAGGCUUCUAUGGGCAGGAGUUUCAAUUUUACGGUCGGCCUCGCGCCAACUCCAAUGAAAUGCAACCUGUUAUCGGCGGCUACUUCGGUCCAGAUGGAGAUGAUGGCCUGCAACGGAACAAGAGCUUAAGAGAGCCCAACCUAACUCCGAUCACAGAGCGAUCAGAAUUCAGCACUCGAAACAGUUUUGUGGCUGGCAUGGGGCCCUUUGGACCUCACUCCCCGGCAUUAUCUCGUAUGCCCAUCACGCCGCUGAUGGAACACGACAUCACCUCAUUCGACGAUUUGCGAAGACUCAGAGCGCAAGCAUUUGGUGGCAGCGGAAGAAGUGAGAGGAGCAGCUCCAAUCGCUCAAGCCAACAGUCUUUCCACGUGCAGAGCCCAGGUAUUGACACGAAUGUUGGACUCGCCAUUGCACAUGGCCAUCCCGUCGGUUCGCCCAUGCAAUACGGUUACAGCAACGGCAGCAGCACAUCAAGCAAUACUUCAAACGUGAAACCCCUACCUAUUGACACAGGCUUUAAUUUUCACGAUAGUCCACAGUCCGCCACCUCCAGCAACGGCAACUCUUUCGCUCUCGAUGUGGACGCCACACCCAAAAGAAACACGAAUAAUAAUGUGUCAGAACCUGUAACGGCGAAGAAGAUUCCGCCGAGAAUGAUGAGUCCUACCAGUCCCAAGAGCUCGCACUCCCGGAGUGGAAGUGGAGCUGAUAGUAUUAAUUAUGUGCGCGAAUCAGACCCUGAAAGCGGGCGUCCAAGAUGGGUGCUCGAGAGGAGGAGGACCAGUGAGCAAGAUGGUCAGCUCGAACUCGUCGGGCGGGAACUUGUACAGGGAGGAUGGAUUUAAUGGUUUGAUGAAUGAUUGACUUUUUGAAUUCUGAAGAGUCGUUGGGAGCGGCACGAACAAAAGUUGUGUCUGAAUUUUCAACUUUUCUUCGAUUGUGUUAUUACAACGAUAAAUGGCCUCGGCAACAAGAAGAGGGAGCAGCGAAGCCCGUGGCGGAGUCGACUUUUCGAGAUUCUACUGUACAUGAUGUUUUUAUGUGAAGGGCGAAGAUCUUUCGGAGCGAGGAAGAGGUCGAAACGGAACCUCGGCUGCUGCUGCAUAAUGUUUAUGCUCGUCAGCCUCCUUGAUUGUUUUUAAUCGUACGAGCGAGGAGUCUAUGGGCCAGCUGGCGCUUUCUGUGUGCAUAUUUCAGUCGGAGAACUAUAUGAUGACGACGACGACUAGUAUUUUUAUUGCUAUCAUUACUUCCCGCAAGCUGCUUGCCAUAAGGCGUAAGACAUGUCUGUCGGUGAAAGCUCCGUUGGCAUUAUAUUCACCUGGAUCUGCGCUGCUCAACUACACGGUCAAUGAAUCUCGAAAUCCCGACGUGGCCACUUUUGAUCAUCGCUCACAACCUCACCGUCCAUGGCACCAUAGAAAUAUGCUUCGCCAAUGAGAACAAAAUAGUCUUCGAUCGGCCUCAGCACAUACAAGACGUCCCCGCCGUACAGGGCGCACACCAAAUCUCCUUCGUGUGUACCAUAAGGCCCGAUUCCAAUCCUCCCACUUUGCGUCCUGAGUAUCGCACGUCCUUUCGUGACAGCAUACGCUGACCUCUGAUACUCUUCCCAUUCGGGCGUCGGCACAGAUUUGAAUUGCAUGUGACCUUUGAGGGAGAAGAGAUUGUAUCCGAAGGCGUAAAGGGUAUUGUACCAUGAAUUGAAACCUCUCUCUAGAUAUCCGUCCAUGGCACGAUUGUGAUUCUC